AAUUAAGAAAUACAGAUAGACUUGCCCCGAGUUGUUUGGGUCUGAGAAAAUGACAAGUUGGUGAAAAUGUCGCGAAGUCUCACACCAACUCAGCAAAAGAUUGCUGAGAAGCUGUCUAUACUAAAUGACAGAUGUUCAGGAAUACUAACAAGGAUCUACAAUAUUAAAAAGGCAUGUGGGGAUGCAAAAUCUAAACCAGCUUUUCUUUCUGACAAAAGUCUUGAAUCAUGUAUCAAACACAUUGUCAGAAAGUUUCCCAACAUCGACAGCAAGUCGUUACAAGCACUGACCAAUGUACGGACAGACAUCAUGAAGUCUCUCUCCCUCUACUACUACACAUUUGUUGAUCUUCUUGACCUGAAGGACCAUGUAUCUGAACUUUUAACAGUUAUGGAUGCCCUAGGGAUGUCAGAGUCACUUGACAUUAAUGUGAACUUUGAACUAACCAAAGGCUACCUGGAUCUUGUAACCAAUUAUGUCACUUUGAUGAUACUUUUAUCUCGAGUGGAGGACCGUAAAGCUGUACUAGGACUCUUUAAUGCUGCUCAUGAAAUGGUCAAUAAUCAAGGGGACCCAAGUUUUCCACGUCUUGGGCAGAUGAUAAUGGAUUAUGAAACUCCAUUAAAGAAAUUGAACGAAGAAUUUGUACCUCAUGCUAAGCUUGUUUCUGUUGCUCUCAGCUCACUUUGGGUUCUGUACCCUCGGAGAAAUUUAAGAGCAGAACAGUGGAGGGCAGCACAAAUGUUAAGUUUAGUUAGCACACCAAGUCAGCUCCUUAACCCAGCACAAACUGAUGUGAUGCCAUGUGAAUAUCUCUCUCUUGAUGCCAUGGAGCGGUGGAUUAUCUUGGGCUACAUGCUUAUACCUCAGACACUCCAGAAAACUCAGGCCCACGAGUGCUGGACACAAGCAUUGCAUACUGGUUGGGCGAUUACAUUGUUCAGAGAUGAAGUACUGCAUCCACAUUCCUACUUCCAGUCAUUCCUUGAGACGAAAAAGGAGCUGAGUAAACGUAUAUCGGAUGUCAAGGAGGGUUAUUCUCAUGCUGUCACUCACGCGCCGCUCAUGCAUCGUGAAAGACGCAAAUACCUCCGUACAGCUAUGAAAGAAUUGGCUCUCAUUUUGACUGAUCAACCAGGACUUUUGGGUCCUAAGGCACUGUUUGUAUUCAUGGGCCUUAGCUUCUCCAGAGAUGAGGUGUUGUGGCUUCUUCGUCAUCAUGAGAACCCACCCCUUCAUAAAGUUAAAAGUAAAACAGCAGAUGAUUUGGUUGAUCGUCAGUUGCCUGAACUUCUUUUUCAUAUGGAGGAAAUACGUGCAUUAAUUAAGAAGUAUUCACAGGUGUUGCAGAGAUAUUACACUCAAUACCUCUGUGGAUAUGAUGCCAUUGCCCUUAACCAGUUAAUACAGGAAUUACAAAACUUGCCAGAAGAAGAAUCAAUCAUCUUAUCAUCGAUGUGCAAUGAAAUUGGAAAUUUAUCUGUCAAACAAGUAGAGGAAGGUACAUCAUUUGACUUUCGUGGCAUCCGUCUUGAUUGGUUUCGGCUCCAAGCUUACGCAACGGCUAAUCGUGCUGGGUUGAAUCUGAAGAACAAUCGAGAAUUGGCAGCACUCAUCAAUCAAAUUGUUUUUCACACAAAAAUGGUUGAUUAUUUAGAUGAGAUGUUGAUUGAAACAUCAGAUCUCUCCAUUUUCUGCUUUUUCAGUAAACAGUUUGAAGAAAAUUUCCACAUGUGCUUGGAGUUUCCAGGACAGAACCGCUACAUCAUCUGCUUCCCAUUAAUUUGUUCACACAUGCAAGCAUGUACACAUGAAAUCUGCCCAGAGGAGCGUUACCAUAUACGAGAACGAAGCCUAUCUGUAGUCAAUAUGUUUCUGGAAGAGAUGGCUAAAGAAGCAAAAAAUAUCAUUACUACAAUCUGUGAUGAGCAGUGCAUCCUUUCUGACAAGCUCCUUCCAAAGCAUACAGUUCCUCUUCUAAUCCAUAAAAAGAAAGAGAAGAAAAAGAAAAAAGAGGAUACCACAGAAGGACGACCAGGGUAUGAGAGUCACAGGAAAACCAGGGAGGAAUUGACCACAAUGGAUAAGCUUCACAUGGCUCUAACUGAACUUUGCUUUGCCAUAAAUUACUGCAGUCAAAUCCAGGUUUGGGAAUAUACCUUUGCUCCUCGUGAAUAUCUAUAUCAGCAUCUUGAACAAAGGUUCACACGGGCCUUAGUCGGGAUGGUUAUGUACAAUCCUGACACCAAUGAGAUUGCCAAGCCAUCAGAAUUAGUAGCAAGUGUCAAGACAUACAUGAGUGUCCUGCAGACAGUUGAAUACUAUGUGCACAUCGACAUAACCCGGGUGUUCAACAACGUUCUUCUUCAGCAAACUCAGCUUCAAGAUAGCCAUGGGGAGAAGACCAUUACUGCACACUACAAUUCAUGGUACUCGGAAAUUCUUCUUCGCCGUGUGAGUGCGGGUCAUAUUGUCUUUUCGAACAAUCAGCGUGCCUUUGUUUCUCUCACUGCUGAGGGAGCCCAACCUUUUGCUGCAGAAGAAUUUUCAGACAUAAAUGAACUUCGAGCACUAGCAGAACUUAUUGGACCAUAUGGCAUGAAGGCACUCAAUGAGAACUUGAUGUGGCAUAUUGCUAACCAAGUGCAGGAAUUAAAGAAAUUGGUCAUACUGAAUAAAGAUGUCUUGCUUUCCAUGAGAACCAAUUUUGACAAACCUGACCAAAUGAAGGAAUUGUUCAAAAAGCUUCAACAGGUGGACAGUGUGUUAUCACGCAUGCAGAUAAUUGGCGUCAUAUUGUGCUUCCGACUAUUGGCUCAGGAGGCACUUGCUGAUGUGCUUGACAAUCGCAUUCCUUAUCUCAUGUCAUCUAUAGCUGAUUUCAAGCACCAUGUCCCCAAUGGAGAUACCAUGAUUGAGAACAUUAAGCUCCAGCUUGUGAAUGAAAUGUCAUCAGCCGCCGGCCACCCCUGUGAUGUAGACCCGGCAUUAGUCAAUGUAUUACGAUCACACAAAAGUGAGGUGCCUGAUGAAGAAUUUGUAAUAACUUGUUUGCUAAUGGUAUUUGUCGCAGUGUCCAUUCCUAAACUAGCUCGGAUGGAUAGCACUGUCUAUAAGACAGCAUAUGCUGCACAUGCAAACAAUUCACAUUGUUUAGCCCAAGCUGUCAACACAUUGUUUGCAGCACUCUUCACAUACUGUGGACGUGGUCAAGAUAUUGAGGAAAGACUAAAGGAGUUCCUGGCGCUUGCAUCGUCUAGUCUUCUCCGCCUGGGUCGUGAAAAUGAUAAGGAUGUCAUCAAGAACCGAGAUGCUACUUACAUCUUGCUCCACCAAAUUGUAGUACAAUCUCCAUUCCUGACCAUGGACCUUUUGGAGGCCUGCUUCCCUUAUGCCCUUAUUCGUAAUGCCUAUCAUACCGUGCACAAAGCUGAACACUGAACCUUACCCUGUAUACCUCAAAGAUAAUAUUAGUCACUUCUUAAGCCUUACAAUUUAUACAUUUUUUAGUUACUAGAAUGCUCAAAAUAUGAGAUUAAUUUCUUUUAGAACAGAAGUCUAGGAAAAUUUGCUACUUGGGAUUCCAAUAUUUAUUUUGAGCAACAUAUUGUAUACAUAAUUUUUCAGUUAAUGUAAUAUUUGUUAAUGAAUUAGUUUUGUAUCUUUUCUGUGUAGCCAUUCAUAUUUGUGUGUGUCACAGACCUACUUUAACAGUUGUUUAUAAUAUUCUUGAAUGGUACUUUUAGAAAUUGUUAUAUAAUAUAUAUAUAUAUGAUAAAAUAAUUAAAGGUACAGUAACUGGAUUGCUUGAGUUUUCUAUUAUGUAUGACUACCAAAUAUUCUUUUGGAAAGUAAUUUAUGUGCAGGCGUAUAUAGAUCAAUGGAACCUCAGAAGGGUAGGAACCAGCUAAACAAACAGUUUCAGACCAGAUCCCAGCCGCAACAAAUGAACUUCCAUGGCAUGUGAAAUUGACUAUUUUAUAUAAAACAAUAGUGUGUUUUUGCUGGUGCAAAGGAUCGAACAUUGGUGGGCACUUUGAGACCAACAUCACAUAGAAAAAGUACAUUUUAAAAUAUUUUAUUAACUUUUGUUAACAAAGAUUUAUUAUUGACCAUUGUAACCAAUCAUGACAACCUUUCUAACAGGAAUUUUUCCAUUGUAUACAGAUUUCCAGUAGACCAGGUUCCAUUUGAGCAGGUUUCCAUGCUAAGCUGUUAAAAUUAUUUGGAGAAAGUAUGUUUUUAAUGCAGGUAUUUUGUUUAUUUUGUUAAAGCUUUACGAACUUAAAUUUAAGUCAGACUGGUAUAUGGAAACAGGAAGUCGUCUUUAUUUUUACAUUGCAUACCGAUCAUAAUAUUCAUACAUUAAAAACAGAAACCUUUACCUGUACAUCAAAAUUUUCAGUAGAACGAGUUCUGUUCUGGUAGGAAUGUGCUUACCUAUGUGCUCACCUAUCAGUGGCAAGAGGAGAAUGAUAUCUAGCUUUUUAUUCCCCACUACCUAGCUGUUUAUACCUGAUGUACUAAUUUUACCUUUCUCAAUAUUAACGUUUUCAUUAU